AGAAAUUAUUAAUUAAAGGUUGUGAAUUAUUUGCAAAAAAAGUGUUUUAAUAAAAAAAAAACAAAAAAAAUAUUUUCAAAAAUGCAAAAAUAACUUAUGUAUAACAUUUGAAAAAUUUUUGUGAAUUGCUGCUGCUUUAACCCUAAAACAUUACGUGAACAAAAACAACCCCUAAUUAAAGCGGCACUAUUUUAAUAGAUUUAAAAAAAAUCUGAUUAUGGAGGACGAAUUACGUUGCCCUACUUGCAAACAGCUCUUUGCUAAUCCCGUUUUGCUGCCUUGUUUUCAUGCUCUGUGUUUGGGUUGUGCUCUGGAUAUACAAACACCCUAUACACCAGGAGCCAUAUUAGCUUCGGUUACUGGCGGUUCAGCCUCUUUAAAUGGUGGCACCAUACACAGUGUAGCCGCCACCAUACAUCCACAUCCUUCUGGUGCAGCCGCCAAUCAUCAUACACACUCACAUACACACGCUGCCACUAGACAUUCUUCAAAUUCUUCUGCAGCCAGUACUGCCAGUUCGGCUACCGGUUCCGAAUCGGUUACAUCCGAUCAAGAUCAAGCCGAUAAGGUUAGCAUUUUAAGUGAAGCAGAUUCGGGUGUUGUCUGCUGUUCUAAUACUUCACGUCCAGUAUCAUACGCUGGUACUGGUCAUAUACAAGGCUUAUUGCAAGGUGCUGCCUCUGCACCUCCUGGUGCUGCUUACAGUCUCACUUGUCCUUUGUGUCGUAAAAUCGUUUUCUUUGACGAGGGUGGUGUACGCAAUUUACCACCCUAUCGUGCCAUGGAAUCUAUUGUAGAUCGUUUCUGUGCACGCGAAGCUUUACGCUGUCAAAUGUGUGAAACAGAUCCUAAAGUGGCUUCAUUGGUGUGUGAACAAUGUGAAAUUCGUUAUUGUGAUGCUUGUCGUGAGUUAUGUCAUCCGGCUAGAGGUCCUCUAGCUAAACAUAACUUGGUUAAGCCAAAGGGUGCCGCCCAACAGCGUGAAUCGGUUUGUGGUGAACAUGAAGAUAUUUUAUCAAUGUAUUGUCUAACUUGCAAAAUGCCAGCUUGUCCGGAGUGUAUUAAUGAUCAGCGUCAUCCACAACAUGAAGUUCAACCGAUCAGCACUACUUGUAAAGCUCAAAAGACGGAACUUUCACACAAUCUGCAACAAUUGUCAGAGAAGGCACGUUCAACAACAGAAUUUAUACAACGGCUAAAGGGCAUGAGUGAUAAAGUGACGGAAUCCUGCAUAGAAUUUGAAAGACUGGUGGCCGCACAAUGUGAAGCCCUAAUACAAGCCAUACAUGAUAGACGUGAAUAUUUAUUAGAAGCAAUACGCAUGGAUAAAGAUACUAAAAUACGAAUAUUAAAGGAUCAACAAUCAAAUUGUACUGGAAAAUUACAACAAACCACGGGUCUAAUACAAUUUUGUAUUGAGGCAUUAAAAGAGACUGAUAGUGCUGCAUUUUUACAGGUUGGUUCCAUGUUAAUAAAUCGCGUAGCCAACACCGAUAUGACUUGGCAUCAGGAAGUAACAAAUGCUGCACCCCGAGUUUCGCCCAUAGUCGAUUUAACCCUCGAUGAUGCUUCCGUUUUACGAGCGAUUGAUAAUUUAAAUUUUAUACAAAUGAAACCUGCUAAAGAUGGCGAUGAAAGAUUACCAGCAGGUGAGAUGCUAGAUGAUCAUUUAAUCAGCAAUACAACAUUUACCACAUCCAUACUAUCCACAAAUACAGUCAUCAAUACUUCAUUAUUAGACAAUACAACAAUGACAACUACAACAACAACAACACCACCACCUUCUUCAGCUAAUUCGGGAAUAAUAUCAAUACCAUCAUCAAUGCCAACCAGCUUAUUGUCGUACAAUUUCAAUGAAAAUAAUAAAACCUCAACAUUACGCUCCACCAAAUCCAAUAAAUCAUCAUCUUCAUCCUCCUCAACAUCAAUAUCCCUGAAAAUGAAUGCAUUUAGAAAAUUAAUUAACUACGAUGAAUCAAUAUCAUCUCCACAACCUCCUGCAAUUAUACCACAAGAUUGUUCAGCGGAAAAUAAUUCAGUUACCGUGGCGUGGCAGGCGCCAAAUCAUUCAUUUGUUGAGGGUUACGUUUUAGAAUUAGACGAUGGCAGCGGUGGAGAAUUUAGGGAUUCUAAUACAGUGCAUUUGCGAGUAUUGCUGUUGAAUAUAUUAUUUUUUGCCUGGUUUACAUUUGAUCCGGUUUUAAGCGGUGGUCCUGGUUCUGGUCUCAUCUUUAGCAAUAACAAUUCAACUGUCUCCGUCGAAGGCUGGGAACAUCGCGUUGCAUUGGGUUCUGUGGGUUUUUCACGUGGCAUACACUAUUGGGAAUUUACCAUUGACAAUUAUACAGCUGAUACAGAUCCCGCCUUUGGUGUGGCACGCAUCGAUGUUAAUCGUAAUAAAAUGUUGGGUAAAGAUGAAAAAUCAUUUGCCAUGUACAUUGAUCGUCAACGUUCUUGGUUCCAACAUAAUUCAGUGCAUGAAAGACGCGUUGAGGGUGGCAUUAGCACUGGCAGCACCAUUGGUGUUUUACUCAAUUUAGAAAGACACACUUUAAGUUUUCUGGUUAAUGGCAUGCCUCAAGGUUCUAUAGCGUUUCGUGAUUUAUAUGGUGUCUUCUAUCCAGCUGUUAGUAUUAAUCGUGGUGUCACUCUAACCAUGCACUCAGCCUUGGAUGCACCACAAAUGGAUUAUUUUUAA